AUGAGAAGAGAAUCCCCAGAUAUCACUGAAUUAAGGCCAAUGGCCUCAGACCACCACGAAAGGGAAUCAAGCAGCCAACUAGAAUUUGAUUCUCCUUCCAAAGAGUUUAGAGAUCUGCUUGAAAAAGGAUUAAGAGAACCAAAUGUGCAAGGUGCACAAAAUCCAAACCCGGAACUGAAAGAUGUAUCUGUAUCAAUGGAUAAUACCAUGCUAUGGCUACCAUCAGGAAAGGGUCUGGGCCCCGACUACAAAAGUAGAGCUUAUCGAGUCCGUCAAAAGGAUUUUUCGCAUAAUUACUUCGUUUAUUAUAUGUACACUCCAGUUUGGGCAGCGAUUCUAUCGAUUUCGCUUGGUAGUUUGUUGGCGAUUUUGACUUUGAUUCUGUUCUUUUUCUCAAGCUCAGUUAAUGUGGAAGUUCCUUACAGUGAAAACGACCAGGGCCCUAUCACAGUUAACAUAACCAGCGACUUCAAGCCCCCAAUAUACGUCUACUACAAAAUCUCUGGGUUUUACGUCACUCACAAAAAAGUCGUCUACGACUCUGGGCCUUCUCUAGCCGCUCAAAGCACUUGUCAAAAUACCAUGAAUAUAUUGUAUAUAAUUAAUAUUUCAUUAGAUUACAAGACUUUUGCCGAGAUAUUGGACUUGCGCUGUAUAAAUGGGAAGAACACUCUGAAUGGCAUUGACGAGUGGUGUGACAACUACAAGGAUAAUCCACAGUUUAACCUUCCGGCAUAUCCAUGUGGGCCUUUGGCAGCCACGAUAAUGACAGACAACUUUGAAAUUUGCCCAGCCGUUGUAAAUCGAAACGCCGAUGGCACCUAUGAAGGGGUUGAUUUCAGCGGUUGCCUAGACAUACAAAUCCACGAUUACUCAGAUUUAUGGCGCUUUGGACCUUUCAACGUUAAGAGGAAGCAGUACACUAAAGGAUUUUGCUGGAUAGACUUGAGUAAUCCUCUGUACCACACAUGGCUCCAGAACCCUUUCUCAAACACAUUCCUCAAACCCUACGGAGUGAUUUACGACGAGGUUCCCGAGGGAGAGUACAAGAUCCACCUCGUUAACAACCUGUGGCCUGACCAGGAAUGGAGGGCAAAGAAAGCAAUCUACAUAACAUGCAUUAACUUUUUCGGAACAAAGUCGUUACCACUUGAAAUUGCACUUCUCUCAAUCAGUGGAUUAUAUAUUUUGACUGGAAUUAUACUUUUAAUAUUACACUUCUCUGGAUUCAAGAUUAAGAAAUCACCUUGGCGUGGACUCGUUAAGGUAACCGCCGGAAUAGUGACUGAAAAGGAAGAAUUGAUUAGGAGGUCUAGCAUAACUGAGGACGAUUUCGGGUCGUUUGAACUUCCGCCGAAAUUAGAAAAAUGCCUUUGCCCCUUACAUUAA